AUUAACAGCAGCAUGAAUUCUCUUAUAGAUCAAAACGACAAACAAAUUAGAAUCAAUAGCGCUCUAGAGACUAGGUUGAAAAACGCAACAAAGGCUAUCAAUUCCAUUCUGGACUUCCACAACAAAACAACAGAAGGUUUUGAAUCCAUAAACUUGAUCUUUCAUUUAGACGAGCUCACUCAACAGGUAGAGAUUAUAGAAGAGGCGAUCACACUGGCUCGACGCAACAUCCCCAGCAGCCGCAUCAUUUCACCGGACGAAAUAACCCUGGCGCAAGAGUUUCUAAAGAACAGUGGCUUAGCAACGAACCUGAUCGACGACAUAUUGGAUAUCUCCACGGCCUACGUAUUAUUCGGCAAAGACGAAAUCAUCUACACCCUCAAAGUUCCACGAAUCAAGAAUGCAGAGUACACAUUCAGCUACAUCGAGCCAGUAAUCUCCAACAGCCAUCGAAUUCAUUUGACAUCAACGUACUACCUGAAGGGACCAGGAUCCUUAUUGUCCAGAACUCCAUUAGCGUUGGUACUGAGGACGAUCCUACCAACGUGUAUCUGGAUAUCCGGAGGAGGCAGAAAAGAAGUCGUCGACAUCGAGAAGCCCAUCGAAAUAGCAAUUUCAGAGACAGGACAUGCCGUCAAACCGAGACGAAAUAGCAACCGUAAGCAGGAGCGAGGUGAUCCCAUCAAGCUACCGAAAUUCACCCCGCAGGAUGUAGAGUAG